AUGGCCGCCGAUCUCAAGUACUACGAGCUCUACCGUCGAAGCAGUCUGGGCGGUGCCCUUACGGACACGCUGGACAAUCUGAUCACUGAGCGCCGCAUCGAGCCCCAGCUCGCCAUGAAGAUCCUCGCAAACUUCGACAAGGCAGUCGCCGACGUACUCGCAGACAAGGUCAAGGCGAGACUGACGUUCAAGGGCCACCUCGACACCUACCGCUUCUGCGACGACGUUUGGACGUUCAUCAUCAAGGACAUCAACUUCAAGCUCGACAACACGAACCAGGUGCAUGCCGAUAGAGUCAAGAUUGUCAGCUGUAAUACGAAGCGUCCAGGCGAAGUCUAG